AUGGACGCCGAUAGACGCAAAGAGGCCAUCUUGGCGGCCGUGAGCGACGAUAGUCGCAGCCAAGCUAUUCUUGUGGUCACCGUUGUGUUUCUCGUCAUCUCCUUGAUCAGCGUUGGUCUACGAUGCUUCGUUCGAACUCGUGUUGUCAAAGCCUUUGGGUGGGAUGAUACCACGAUGCUUAUUGCGAUGGCCUUUAACCUUGUCUUCGCUAUUUGCGGGAUCACAGGAUCAAAAUACGGUAUGGGCCGAAAACUUCUUUACUUUGAGGCAGAGCCUCAGAACUUCCACAAGGCCUUGCUUUGCUGGUGGUUGGGCCAGAUUUUCUACGUGAUCACUUGCGUCGUCGCCAAGAUCUCCGUCUGCAUCACCUUACUUCGAAUUACCAUUGAUCGCAUUCACGCCUGGAUCAUCUUCGGUGCCAUGUCUUUGUCGGUGGUGGUCGGCCUGAUCUUUUUCUUCUUCACUAUAUUUCAAUGUCAACCAGUCAACUAUUUCUGGAACCGGGAGUCGGAGACGGGUACUUGUAUCGACAAGAACCUACUCAUCGGCAUCGCAUACUUGUACAGUGUCGGUGCAGCACUUACAGAUCUGACCAUUGGUGUUCUGCCCGUGGCGUUGAUUUGGAACUUGCGCAUGAACCAGCGCACUAAGGUUGCCAUUGUCGGGAUUUUGGGAAUUGGUUGCAUCGCGAGUGCAGCAGUUAUCAUCCGUAUUCCCUUUGUCCACAACUACAAGGACUUGGAACUUUUGUACAAUACCUACCAAAUCUCGAUCUGGUCGAACAUUGAAGCAGGACUAGGCAUCACAGCUGGGUCUCUCACGACUCUCCGACCUUUAAUUCGAUUCCUUCGUGAUAAUCCCUCCGGCUCUCGCACCCCCAGAUCCUUUCCCCUAUCCAGCAAAGUGGCGCCCGGGCUCCACCGUUCCUUGCGAUCGAAGCACGAAGAUCGAGAAGAUGUACACCAGCUUUGGACUGGCAGUGAGGUGGAUGACUAUCACGGGGUGACUACUACCAUCAUGGGAAGUCAGCGGCCGAACCCGACCAGCAGCAGCGAGGAGGAUCUCAACCCGAAUAACAUUAAUAGUACCGGGUGGAAGGUUGAACGGUCUGUUCGUGUGUCUGUGCACGAUGAAUGA